AUGGGACUGGCCAUUGUCAAAUUCAAUGAUGAUGCAACGAGGGAUCAUGUCCUAGAAAAUGGAAUACUUCAAUUUGAUAGGAAACCUGUUAUCAUUCGGCCAUGGUCUGCGGAUCUUAGUGUUGUUCGCCUUGUUCGUUCAGUUCCUCUCUGGAUUCGUUUACAUGAUUUAGGGCUUCAGUAUUGGGGAAGUAAAUGCCUUAGUGCACUUGUGAGUACGAUUGGUAAACCGAUAAUGGUUGAUAAAUUUACAAGGGAGCACUCAAGAAUUCAAUUUGAUAGAGUUCUUGUGGAAAUGGAAGUUACAGAUAAUCCCCCUAGAAGCAUUCAGUUUCUGAAUGAGCUUGGUCAGAUUAUGGAACAGGGGGUGGAAUAUGAAUGGCUUCCUAUUAAGUGUAAGACCUGCUCUGGAUUUGGUCAUUCAGUGAUGGAUUGUCGUAAAGAGCUGAAAACACAAUGGGUCAAAAAAGAUCCUACAACAAAAGAGGAGCUGAAGAAUAGGAUGAAUACAGGAGAGAUAGAACCUACUGGUAUAGAGCCUGCGGUCUUGACUAGUACAAAAAUGGAAAGGGUUCAGGUUAUCAAUAUUGAGUUGGAAGGGGUUCAGGUGAUUAAUACUGAGGGUUCUCAGCCUAACUCUUUGGAUCGUACUGAUGAAGAUAAGGGUACUCAGAAUAGUAAAAACUGGCUCACUCCCAAACGUGUAGCCACUCAUUCUAAACAAGGUCAGGUAGCAAAUUCUAAUGUUAAGAUUUCAGGACAAGGGCAACAAAAGAUGAAUAAGUUUGAGGUGCUUCAAGAGCAAAUGAUUGGUGGUAAAGAAGACACAAAAAUGAAGGGGAAUAAAAUUAUAGAGUUCAUGGAGCAAAAACUUCCCAAUUGGGAGUUUUUUACUAGUUCGGUCACUGAAGGUAGAAUUUUGAUAGUCUGGAGGAAGGUUUUCGUAAGGGUUACAAUUCUUGAGAAGUCUAAUCAGUUUGUUCACUAUUUGGUAAAGAUGGUUGGUCAAAACCAAGUCUUUUAUGUUACUUUUGUCUAUGGGCUUAAUUCGAUAGAUGGUAGGAGGAGUUUAUGGGAAGGGUUACAACGGUUAUCCCUCUUGGAUGAAGCAUGGAUUAUAUUAGGGGACUUCAAUGCCCCUUUUUCUAGUAUGGACAAAUCUGGUGGGAAACCAAUCUAA